ACGCAUAUUGCAGCCACAGAUACUACGAGAUUGGGUACCAGGAUUCUGCUUUGUGUACGACAAAAAUGACACUGUGGCUAAACCAACUGUAGUUUGUAACAAUAACGAGUCAAUCGUGUUGUCGGGCCUGGAAACCAAUACUUUGUACAGGGUCAGAGCAUUCUUCAAAACUACGAUCGGACACAAUAGUAGCAUGUCCCCUGUAGUCAGCAUUGGAACAGUGCCUAAAGCGCCAACAUCGCCUGACAAUUACGUCCUCUCAAGUACUACCAUCACUGUCUUUAUAGGCCGAACAGAAGGCAAAAACCUUCCCAUACUCCAGUAUUGUGUGUACGGAAGGCCUGCAAAUGAUAUGUCUGGGAAUAUGACAUCGAUACCAGUGUGCAACGCGUCUGAAAAUGUUACCUUGAUUGGCCUGGCUCCAGGCAUGACCUAUAAUGUCACCACCUAUGUAAGCAAUGCCUAUGGAGACAGUGCUCAAUCGACCUCCACUCGCAUCACCACGUUGCAUCAAGCACCAACAACUGAUCAAGUCGACGCAACCAGUGGCUACCAAGCUAGCGCAAGCGGCUCCAAAUCUGCAGCGAUAAUUGCGGGAGGGUCUGGCGCAGGACUGCUGGUGCUGGCUGCGACGGUUUUCCUGCUAUGGAAAUUAAAGUUGACAUCCGCGAAACCUGAUCCUGUGCUGACCACCUGCCAACUGGACGUAAGAACUCAAUCUGUUUCCCAUGAUGAUGAACUUGAUUUGGUUCAGAACACGCGCACUAGUAUGGAAACCAAUGAGGCGUACGAGAGCUGGAUCCUGGCUAGGAAUGAUGCAUAUGGCUGUGUGGAUUUGCGCGAGAAUGAUGUUCUUCGUGCCGGAUGCGGAGCUGGGCGUGCAGAGGAAGGGGGACCGGCCACAGAAGAACAGCAUACUUAUGUCAGCAUCCAAUAACGCCAAAUGUUUUUCACAAUUUUGACCGACUGAUACAUAUCCUCAACGAAAUGCAAAUGAUACAGUAGCAUUUAACUCUGUUGUUGAGCCAAUAGUAAUAUGUAAAGCGAAAAAGGACCUUUAAGUUACUAGCUAUGACUAACAGUCCACAAAGGUACAGAGAUAAUAUAAAGCCAGGUAAAGUGUCAGAUCAGUGUCAUGUCGUUAAAUGUCUCAAUAUACUUGUCAGUCUUGUGCCGUGCUGUCUCACUAUCUGAUGUUAUAAUUAUUAACUCGUUACCUUGGCGGACAGUUAAUUAUAACUAGUAACUUAUAGGGCCUUUUUUCUCUUUGCACAAAACUGUAUCAUGGUAUACUUUUUCAUGGCAAGCACGCGAUAUGUUGCAGUCUUUCUGAGUUUUUUCUUCAUAUCUCUCUGCCUCUAACUCCAGUAGCGCAUGCAUUUAUCACUGAUAUACUCUCAAAUAGUUCAUUGCAGCUCUUGUGUCCUGAUGUCACGCAUCAGUAUGGAUAUCAUUUGUAACUUUCACAAGUAAGUUCAGUGCUAAACCGUUCGGAGCGAGGUUUUUGAAGUAAUUUGCUAUACAUGUAUGUU